AAAGCCUAGGAAGCCUUAAGUUGUCACGGAAUUUUAACUACCAUUACCAAAUAUUUCAGCUGCAUUCAUUGCAAACUACUUUCUUUCACUUUAAAUUGUACAAAAUUAAAGAAACUAAAACAAAAAAAAGACUGAUUUAAUUCCUCUCACAACUCCUUCUAGCUCAUAACCAUUUCCACUUUGAAAUGGCUUCAGUCUCAGAACUUGCUUACCAAAGACUGAGAAACGAAGGUCUCUUUGAUGAAGAAACAGAUCAGCAAAACACAGCAAUUAAAUUCAAGAAGAUAAGGGGUUGGUCCAAGAUCAGGAAGCUAACCGGUCGAAGGCGGCCGAGGGUUCGGAUUCAGGGAUUGAGAAGGUUCCUGAGGAGAAAAGCUAGGAUUUUCAGUAGGAUUAAAGUUUCGUGGAGCAAAGCUUUGAAGAGACUGAAGCAUGGGCAGGCUCACAUGAAUGACUUGUUUGGUGGGAACUAUUUGUUCAUGCAGGCAAACCCUCUUCCUUUCAAAUGUGGUGAGAGACCUUAUAAUAUGGGUCAUCGGUGUCAUGGUAAUUUCCCCUCAAGGUAUCCUCUUGAAAAAUUUGCUUGAGCAUAAUUCUACUCAGCAGUAUCAAUCCGCCCCCUCUGAUAAGACGAUAUUAUAAAUUUCUAUAAACCAUGAAAAAGCAAAGGAUGAACGGAUGCAAUGUCCUAAGCAACUGAAGUAAACACAUGUAUUUUAGUAUUGUCUGUGCUGAUUUCAUAUGUUCAUGGAUGGUGUAAAGAUGCUUAAAUGUCUGCCGACAUUUAAGUCAUGAAAGUUCUACUGUUUUGCUUUUGAUAUAAUUUUUUUUUUUUGCAUCACUUUAUUUCAAUGUCCUUAUGCUUGACAUGACAUGCUAAGUAAGUUAUCAAACAUUUUAAGAGGUUGCAACGAAUAACUCUCUUUCCUUUCUUAUACAUUUUUCUACUCGUUUCUUUUGGUAUGAAUUGAAGAUCUGAGUUUAAAUAUUGAAGUUAAUCUUCAUUAAUUUAAAUCUUAACACAGUGACGAUGUAAGACAAAAUAUAGGUCCAAGGAGAAAAAAUUGAAGAAAAUAAAGCGAUGUAAAAUAUGAUAUUGACUAGAAAUGACGGAAUUCACACUCUGAACAUCAAGUAUGUUGUGAGAAAUUAGGGCUAUGUGUAUUGUUGCUAUAUUAUGAUAUUAUUUAUGUCCAACAAUCUUUAUGUAAAAAAAAAAAAAAAAAAAAAAAAAAAGAAAAAAAAAGAGUAAAGUUAUAGUUUAGAUACACAAACAAUGAUAACAUAAUGACAAAAAAAUCAUAUUCACUAAAAAUAAAUGGAGUUUAAAUAAGAAAUAAAAUAAGUGAAUUCAUCCAAAUGAGAAAUUUCAUGCUCGAAAUUCUUAACAUCCAAGUGGGUUCAUGCAGCUCCGCACACGGCUAAAAAAACCGAAAUGCCCUUACGCUCUCUUUUUACCGGGAAAGAAUAGAGAGAAAAGAGCCGUUUAAACCAACGAACUUUGAAAUUUCUAAGAAGUGAGAUGAACGCAGCAACGGUCGCCAAAAACCAUCCCAACAACAAAGCAGACGGAGCCGCCUCCUUGCUAAAAUCCUGCACAUCGCUCCGCCACCUCAAACAAAUCCACGCCCACAUCGUCCGUUCAAACCUCCACGGGAACGCCUCCUUAGCCUCCACUCUCAUCUCUCUCUACGCCUCUCUCUCCUCCUCGCCUCGUUAUACCCACCUCGUAUUCACCUCUUUCCCCAACCCAAAUCUAUCCCUCUUCAACCACGCUGUCAGGGCUUUCUCUAAGAUCUCCGUGCUCUGUUCCGAGUCGGUGAGUUUGUAUUCGCAGAUGGUCUCGGUUGGGAUUAGACCCGAUAACUAUACGUACCCUUUCGUGCUUAAUUCGUGCGCUGCGAUGGGUGAUCUCUGUGGUGGGAUUGAGGUCCAUGGACGCAUUGUGAAAAUGGGUUUUGGGUUUUGUGUUCCGGUUUCGAACGCUUUGAUUGAUAUGUAUGGGAAAUGUGGGGAGGUGUUGAGGGCGCGGAAGGUGUUUGAUGAAAUGUGUGAGAGAGAUGUUGUUUCUUAUAAUGCGGUUUUGGGGGCUCAUGCGAGAGGUGGGGUGGAUAUGGAGAGUGCUUCGGUUUUGUUUGAGGGGAUGUUAGGAAAAAAUGUGAUAUCUUGGAACGCCAUGGUUGUGGGUUAUGUAAAUAGUGGGGAUCUGGUUUCGGCAAGGGCUGUGUUUGAUAGGAUGCCUGAGAGGAAUGCUGUUUCUUGGACUACAAUGUUGGUGGGGUAUACUAAAAGCGGUCUUAUGGAUAAGGCUAAGUGUCUCUUUGAAGAAAUGCCUGAGCAAGGUUUGAUUUGUUGGACGGCUAUGAUAUCAGGGUAUUCACAAAAUGGGAGGCCAAGUGAAGCGCUUUCACUUUUCCGGAGAAUGGAAAAGGCACGAGUAAAGCCGGAUGCUUUCACCAUGACAGCGGUGAUCUCUGCAUUGGCACAGUUGGGUCGUGCAGAUCUGGCAAACUGGAUUGGAACAUAUGUGGAUAGAGAAGGCAUAGAACAGAAUGACCAAGUGCUUACUGCACUAGUUGACAUGCAUGCCAAAUGUGGGAAUAUGGAAGAGGCAUGCGCCAUAUUUGAGAAGAUCCCCAGAAAGGAUGCUUUCGCCUACAGUGCAAUAAUCACAGGUCUUGCUUCAAAUGGUCAUGGGGUUAAAGCGCUGGAGAUCUUCCAGAGAAUGCUGGCAGAAGAUAUUGAACCUGAUCGCAUUACAUUUGUUGGGGUAUUCACAGCCUGUUGCCAUGCAGGACUUGUUGGAGAUGGAAUGAGAUACUGGGAAAGCAUGGUUAAAGGUUACAACAUUGAGCCUGAUGCUGAUCACUAUACUUGCAUAGUUGAUAUGCUGGGACGAGCUGGGAAACUAAAUGAGGCCUGCGAUUUGGUCAAGGGAAUGCCCAUGGGCCCACAGCCAGGAGCAUUAGGAGCCCUUCUUGCAGCAUGUAGAACAUAUGGAAAUGUAGAGAUUGCAGAAAGUGUUGCUGAGAAACUCUUCAUUUUAGAACCUGGGAAUACUGGAAAUUAUUUGCUACUUUCAAGCAUUUAUGCGUCGAAAGAACAAUGGGAUAAAGCUAGGAAAGUGCGGGAAGCAAUGAACGGGAAAAAUGCACUUAAGCUUCCUGGGUGCAGUUGGGUUGAAAUUAGCAAAGGUGAUGCAGCUCAAACGACGAACCAAACUUAGAUAGCAAUUCUAUGGUCGAAUUCUGGCAUGCUGUUCUCAUUGAAUUGCAUUAUAAUGCACACUUUAUGUUGCUGGUGCCGCCAUUGACAGACGUGAAUUACGUUGUCAAUACAA